ACGCACGUGUUAUCUAUAUACGAAAUUUUUAAACAAAAUUUUAAGAUUUAUUUAAAAACGUCACAAAUAAUCGCGCUGUGAUCAUCAUCUGCAUUACUUUGGAGUAUUUGCGAUAAAAUAAAUCUGUUAUUUUUUUUGUACUGAAGUGUUAUAUGACUAAGCUUUCCUAGGAGGGUGUGGAUCAGUGCACAAAUGAAAUAAGUGUAAAAAAACAUAUCUAUGAACUAUAUGUGAAUAUGUUUUACUUAUUGGAAAGGUGAAAGUAAACAAGGGCAAUAACCGACCUUUUAGGUAACAUUUUGAAAGCACUGCAAAGCCUUCGACCUGUGAUGAGUAUAAGUACAUGGGCUCUUGUAAAUUAUGCAAUCAAUAUGCUCAAGAGUUGGUUCACGGCUCUGAUAACGGAUAGGAAUGUAACACUAUGAAUCAUCAACUCGUACUUGUGACAGCAUGUCUUGUGCUACCUUUGCUGACACGAAGUUCGACUACAUUUUUGGAUUUCGAUGGCAUAAAUUCUAAUGAAUUGUGUUUUUCCUGCACAUGCAAUGAUGAUAGAACUAAUGUCGACUGUUCAAGAAGAGGACUCACUGAUAUACCGGAAGGAUCUGGUGAUAUGGUACAGAAGCUGAAUAUUUCAAAUAAUGAAAUAUCAAUCUUUCCAUCAAACUUAAGCAGAUUCUAUAACUUGGUCACCCUGGAUAUCAGUUCGAAUCUGCUGAAAGAGUUGCCAGAAAAUGCGUUCCAAAAUCUUACCAAAUUAGAAUCACUAAACUUAUCCAGCAAUGAAUUCGAAGAAUGGUUUCACUUGAACCCAAAUUACUUCAUCAAACAGGCCGUGCACUUGAAAACGUUGGAUUUAUCGCGUAACAAAUUUAGGACACUUGGAAAUUUGGCAAAUCAAGAAUUGUUGAUAAGUUCUUCGUUGGAAACAUUAAUCUUGAACGAUUGCGAAAUCGAAUCCAUACACGGCAGAUCCCCAUUAGGUGGGCUUGAUAACCUAAGAGUGCUCAAAUUGAACAACAAUCCGUUGUUGAGAAUUCAAGGCAUCGUAUCAACUACUUUGAAAAGUCUUUACUUGAGCAAUUGCCUCCUCACUACGAUUGGUCAGAAUGAUCUCCUAUACUUACCAUCUUUAAUAUAUUUGAGAUUGUCACGAAACUUCAGGUUAGAUUUAUCAACAGCAAGUACACAUUUGUUUUCAGAUUCCAUUAAAUACCUAGACAUUUCAUAUUGUAACAUUAUGCAGCCCAGCUUACAAGGGUUCCCAAAUUUAAGAAAAGUGUUAAUCAAUCACAAUAUGAUUAGGUACUUACGAAGUAAUGAAUUCAUAAAUAAUAGUAAGCUGGAACAUUUGGACUUGUCGUAUAAUAACAUUGGUUCUCUAAGGUCGGACACCUUCAAAGGGCUCAGCAUAUUAAAAUAUUUAGACUUAUCGUGGAAUGAAAUUGCUAAUGUACCUGAAGACAGUUUAUUAGACAUGCCGUCACUGACAUACAUUAAUCUUUCGAGAAAUUAUUUGACAAGAGUUGGACAUUUGAGAUCUUUAUCCGUGAACACGGUGGACAUGAGUCAAUGCGAAAUCACAACCAUAGGAAAGGACUCGUUUGAAGGAUUACAAUCAUUAGUCGAUAUAAAUCUCUCUCACAACUUAUUGUCACAUAUCCCUGACAGUAUUUCAUCAAACACACUCCAAUAUUUAAAUUUGAACUACAAUAGAAUUAGUGCCAUAAGUAACUACACAUUUUUUAUGUUACCAAGGUUGACGGGAUUAGGUGUUAUUGGAAAUAGAUUCACUGUUAUUUGGAGCAGGGAACAUUUCCAAUCAAAUCCGUAUUUAGAGCGGUUGGAUCUUAGUGACAAUAUGUGGCGUUGUGAUUGCACUGAUGAUAACAUGUAUGAUUUUUUCGAGUUUGUGACCUUAGAACCUAAUAAAAAAGAGGAAUCUUAUAAUUUAAUUUGCAACAGUCCUUCCAAUGUUGUUGGACGAACUUGGUUAGAAGCAUGCUACUACACAUGGAAUCCCACUGAAAGCAGGUCUAGCCCGGAUAGCGUCAUCUGGUUUAUUAUUAUUAUGAUAAUAGGUUUGGCCUUGUGUCUUAUCUUAGUUAAUACCAUCAAACGAUCUAUGAAACGCCGUAUGGCGUCAAUACAAGCAGAGCGUGAAAGGCAAGUGGAAGAAGCGAGAGAUAGGUUAAGACAGCUGCGGAUGAGAGCGGAGCAGGAAGCACUCUGCAAUGCCCCGGACCCUCGAGAUUUGGUCGCACCACCAUCUUACGACGAAGCUCUCUCAAUGCCGAAAUUGAACGCAUCCUGUCGUUCUCUGUGCGAAGUUGGAACUGAGAAAACUAAAAGGAAGAAAGGGCGGAGAAAAACAAAGUCCAGUGGAGACUUGCUUGAAGAGACGGAAAGAAAUGGAGAUGUGACAAUUCUGAAUGAUUUGGAUCGUAGUGAGACGCCUGACAGCAGUCGCAGACGAAGUCGUAGAAGGCGACCAGCUAGGUAUGGCAGUCAUGAAAUAACUGAGCUAGAACAUUCGCCAGGAGCUCGGCGGCGACGUAUGUCGGAAUACAUCGGAGACGGCGCCGACGGUGACACAGAAGACAGCGUCACUGUAGAAGUAGAGGCGGAAGUGGAGAGGCCACUACGGCCUAGAAAUCGGAGGCAUUCUGUUGAUGACGACGACCUAAGAGAAAGUAAUUUUUAAAAAUGUCCUGGUAAUAUAAGUCAAGUAAUUAUACGUAGAUGUAUGAAAUGAACUUGCAAUGCUUUUAAGACAAAGGUAACUAACCCUAAGGUAGGUACCCAAAAAAAUUAUUUUUUCUUACAAAAACAAGACAGGUUGCUUAGAAUUAUGAAUAAUGCAUGAAAUAUGAGUUUCGCUUACAUAUUUAUACCCCUAAAUCCUAAAUAACUGGUUAUUCUGUUAAAAAAAAUGAGUUACUAUUGGUAAAUAUCUUCGUAAAUAACAUACUUCCCUUCGUUAUAAACCAGUUUAAUUAAGACUAUAGCCGAAGUAUCUAAGUAGGUACCUAAUUUAAUGUUUGAAUAAGAAGUCAGAACUACAAUUGCCUUUUGUUUUGUUUUUUUUUUUUUAAUUAUUUUUAUGAGUACCUGUAUGUAUAUCCUAUAACAAAUUGUGUAGAUUUUGUUUUGUAAUAUAGGGAGGAAAGUAGUCGCUGUUUGUAAUUUUAUGUAAAGCGGUCGUCCAC